CCGAGGAGCGCCGCGCGCUGCGGAAGGGCGCGCGGAGGCGGAAGGUGGCGAGGCGGGGCGCCGCCGCAGGAAACCUCCGAGCGGUGCCGGUGUUCGGCGGUCAUGGUGCGGCUUUACAACUUGCACCCGUUCGGGUCGCAGAGAGUAGUGCCCUGCAAGCAGGAGCCGGCGCAGUUCUGCCGCGGCCGCGACGUGCUGUUCGCGGCCAGCGCGGCGGCCAGCUGCGGGGUGGAGGUGUUCGCCGUACGCCGCGAGGGCCGCUGCGAGCCCUUGGGCUCCUUCGCCACCCUGGGCCCCGUGCUGCGCAUGGCGCACAGCCGUGCAGGAGUCUAUUUGGUGACGAUUGAAGAGAAAAGCAAAGCAACUUUCCUAAGAGCUUAUGUGAACUGGCGAUGCAUGUCUGCAGGCAGUUCUCGUGUUUGUGUCCGGAUGGUGGGUCACAAGAUGGAGGAGUCGUACACGGAAACCUUAAAAGAGCAGAUGUCGAUAGUGGAAAUGGCACUUUCAGAUCCUCCGCUGUGUAUUUCAUGUUGUCCUGUACAUGGAGAUCUUCUUGUGGGCUGCAGGAAUAAGCUAGUCAUGUUCUGUUUGAAAUACCUGGUCAUAAACCAGAAUUUGACAGUAUUAGACUUUGAACGCUCCUUAAUUUUACACACUGAUAACUUCAUUCCUGCCGAAGUUGCAUUUUGCACUAGGCACAUAGCGAUAACAACAGAGUUGGAUGUUCUAAUCCUGAAACUGGACCUGGUCCAGCAUAGUGCAGACAGGGGAGAGCAAUGCGCAUAUCAAGUUAGUACAACAGAAAAGCUGGUGGAUGGAGGUAUAAAAGAUGAAGACCUUGCAGCUCAUAGUUUGCAGCUUGAAUUAGAUGAGUUUGUCAUAUGUCGGAAGCCAGUGGAACUGCUUGGGGAAGAAAGUAAGCUUUGUAAGAUACCCAUCACACUUGAGUCCACAGAGUUGUCUACAGAAGGCAAGAAGCACUUUCAAGUGCAGUAUCUCCUUUUCAGGGAGUUCUAUGACAGCAAAUGAGGAAACUGAGAAGAGAGAACUACUGAGUCUCUUCUGCUUUUUUUCUUUGCCUCAUGUUGGAUAUCUCUACUCUGUUGGGAAGUUAGUAGAACUGAUUUCUACUUACCAGUGCUCGGAGAGGUCAGAGCAGGCAGUUCUUACUCCACAGUUCCUGCAUGUCAUUACAAGUGAGAGCCUGCAGUGUUACACAGUGCGGUGCAGUGCAGCAGCAGCUCGUGAUGAAGAUCCAUGCAUUGAUACAACUGUGAAGGUUUGGUUCAAGUACUGAAGCGGUGCAUUUUCUGGGAAGCACAAAGCCAUGGAACUAUACGUAUGACUCCAGACCAAAAAGUGUAGAAGGCAAUAUCAAUGACCCUAAAAUUGUUCACCCAGAAUUCCUCAACAUGUGGUGGGACACCUAUACAGUUAAUAUUUUACCCUUACUAGAACAGAAAGAAGUUGAUGAAGAAAAUACCACAAGUGCAAACCUGCUAUCAGGCUUGAUCUAUACUCUGGCUUUCUCUUGUGGCUUUUGUAGAGAGGAAAGCUGCACAGUCCCUGCUUGUUGGUGAUGCUUGGUGCUAUGCAUGAGAACAUCUACUUGGUUGCCCUCUUAUGUGGCCUGUUGCUUGCUUAAAGUAUGCAACAUCUGUCUGUAUUUUUUAGUCUGCCUUUUAUUUUAGGCAGAGGUUACAGAGGCAGUGUCCCAUAUGUCGGUAUCGGCACCACCACCACCAGUAUUACCAACCAUAUCUUCAGAAGAACGCAAGGCUCGGUGGGAACAAGGCCAAGCUGACUAUAUGGGAGUGGAUUCUUUUGAUAACAUCAAGAAGAAACUGGACUCCUACCUUCAGUCGAAGUGCCAUUUUCAAACACUGGCACUACAAGGACUUGUUCCAGAACUAACAGCUAGGAAAGGCUGUAGAUGAUGGACAAUUAUGCUUGCGAGUAGCUUGAUGGAAAAAAUUCUUGGCUGAAGGCCUCUGCAGUGCUACAGAUAAAGCAAGAGCUAGGAAGCAGAAUUCAUUUUCCUUAUGUUGUGAUCAGCUGGCUCAAUGUAUUCAUUGAAACUGGGUUUGCACCUUAGCUCAUUAAGGUGAUUAGCAAUGACUCCUUUGCUUGCUAUUUUAGGUCUCAAAUGUGAUUUGUGAGAUUGCUCAUACACUAAAUGAUUGCCAUUCUGCUUUACCAUUAGUGAGAGAUAAAAGUAAUAGCACUGCUUUGAUCUUCUAGUCCCAAUUGCACUGAUGUUUUGACCAGGUUUUUACACAUAGUGCCUACAGCGUGGCAGAAUGCAUUUGUUCAGUUCUGUAUUCUUCAGGCUUAGUAAACGGAGUUUUUCUGUUACUUGAAAUCUUCGUGCAAAAAUAAAAACUUGUCAUGCUUUUCUGGUUUUUUUUGUAAACUCUUGAGAAAAUAAAAAAGAGAUCUUUGGAGCAAUCUAAAAUAACCCAACUUUGUUCAUUCCAUUCUAGCUGUCAUUAACAAAUGUGCAGCUUCUAGUUCUGUAAUUUUUAAUGGAGUAUGUAAUCAAGUGCCAGGUUGCUGCUGGAAGAAGUACCUGCAGAAUGGAGCUAAGAGAAUCUGUAUUUUGGUUACUGAAGAACAAUCUGUAACGUGGUACUGUUUUUAAAACAAACAGUAGUGAUGCUAUCUUGGCAAGUAAAGAUGAAGUAGCUGUACCUACACGGGUUAGGAAAACUCUCUUCCUUGUGUGCAUGGCCACCAUCAUGCCACGCGCUAUAUUUUGAGACAGAGAAAAGUAGUAAAAGUACAAGACAAAACUCACAGUAACAGCCUUCUGAAGAGAGGGUGGCUGCUGUUUGCCAUUAGUUCAGAUCCAUCCUUUAGCUACAAGUGUAAACAGAACCGAAUUACUUAGCAUUCAGUGUGGUACCUGUAAUCUGUAUUAGUCCAGAGACAUGUAUUUUCUUAUAUCUUUAUAAAGGAGGAUUUUGGCAGGAAGCUAGUAAGGGUUGUUCAGCUUUAAUCCUGGAGAUAAACAAUUAACAACCUGCUACUGUUUGCUGGUAAGGAGAAGCUAUGAUCUGCAUGUGAGAGUUAAUUGAGGUCCUGGUCAUUGUUCAGCAAAAAAAAUGGUAAAAAGGAGGUCCAGGUCAAAGUAACUUACAGCUAUUUAAAAGUUAAUAGCAUUUGAACUCUCAGUCAUAAUGUUACAACUAACCACUUUUUUUUUUUUUUUU